CCUUCCCUUCCCUCCCUUCGCGUUGACGCCGCUGCGGCCCGGCAGCGCUCCUAUACACUCACGCGCGCGCCUCAGCGCGUUGUCUCCUCCACGCCCGGCCCGGAACAUGGCGGCUCUCAAACUCCUCUCCGCCUGGCCCCCACUCUGCACCUCCGCCCGCCUCACCGGGGGCGUCUGGUCCAAGGGAUGUGUUGGCUACUUUUCAACCAGCACACGUCGCCAUACCAAAUUUUAUACAGAUCCAGUGGAAGCUGUAAAAGACAUCCCUGAUGGUGCAACAAUACUGGUUGGUGGUUUUGGGUUAUGUGGAAUUCCAGAAAAUCUUAUAGGAGCCUUACUGAAGACUGGAGUAAAAGGGCUGACUGCAGUCAGCAACAAUGCAGGGGUUGACAACUUUGGCCUGGGCCUUUUACUUCGAUCCAAGCAGAUAAAACGCAUGGUCUCUUCAUAUGUGGGAGAAAAUGCAGAAUUUGAACGACAGUACUUAAGUGGUGAAUUAGAAGUAGAGCUGACACCUCAGGGCACGCUUGCAGAGCGGAUUCGUGCAGGUGGGGCUGGAGUUCCUGCGUUUUACACCAGCACCGGGUACGGGACCCUGGUGCAGCAAGGAGGGGCACCGAUCAAAUACAACGAAGAUGGCAGCAUUGCUGUUGCCAGUAAGCCGAGAGAGGUGAGGGAGUUUAAUGGUCAGCAUUUUAUUUUGGAGGAAGCAAUUACGGGAGAUUUUGCUUUGGUGAAAGCUUGGAAGGCAGACCAAGCAGGAAAUGUGAUUUUCAGGAAAAGUGCAAGAAAUUUCAACUUGCCGAUGUGCAAAGCUGCAGAGACCACAGUGGUAGAGGUUGAAGAAAUUGUGGAUAUUGGAUCAUUUGCCCCAGAAGAUAUCCAUAUUCCUAAGAUUUAUGUACAUCGCCUUAUAAAGGGAGAAAAAUAUGAGAAAAGAAUUGAGCGUUUAUCGGUCCGAAAAGAGGAAGAUGUAAAAACCAAAUCCAGUAAACCUGGAGAUAAUGUAAGGGAACGUAUCAUCAAGCGGGCAGCUCUUGAAUUUGAGGAUGGCAUGUAUGCUAAUUUGGGCAUAGGAAUCCCACUUCUGGCCAGCAACUUUAUCAGCCCAAAUAUCACAGUUCAUCUGCAAAGUGAAAAUGGAAUCCUGGGUUUGGGUCCAUAUCCACUACAAAAUGAAGUUGAUGCAGAUCUAAUCAAUGCAGGCAAGGAAACAGUUACUGUUCUUCCAGGAGCCUCUUAUUUCUCCAGCGAUGAAUCAUUUGCGAUGAUUAGAGGGGGGCAUGUCAAUCUAACAAUGCUAGGAGCAAUGCAGGUUUCCAAAUAUGGUGACCUGGCUAACUGGAUGAUACCUGGGAAGAUGGUGAAAGGAAUGGGAGGGGCUAUGGAUCUAGUGUCCAGUGCGAAGACCAAAGUGGUGGUCACCAUGGAGCAUUCUGCAAAGGGAAAUGUACAUAAAAUCAUGGAGAAAUGUACAUUGCCACUGACUGGAAAGCAGUGUGUCAACCGCAUCAUUACUGAAAAGGCUGUGUUUGAUGUGGACAGCAAGAAAGGACUGACUCUGAUUGAACUCUGGGAAGGCCUGACCGUGGAUGACAUAAAAAAGAGCACUGGGUGUGAUUUUGCAGUUUCACCAAAACUCAUGCCAAUGCGGCAGAUCACAACUUGAAAUGUGGAAUAGACAUUUCUCCCAGGCUGUGCGUUUUUCAUUUUAAUCCCAUAGUUCAUUGAAAGGAUAUCAGUAAUCAUAAUUGUGUAUCUCAUGAGCAGUUUUUGACUAGUUUUCUUCAAGCAUUUUACACUGCAUGUAGCCAUAUAGACUUUGUUCUCUCAAGUGUGCUAUGACAUUUUAGUGAAAGACAAAAAAAAUAUAAAUGAUUAUCUUACUUGUUUUAUAAGUGCUGAGAAGGCUUAUCUUUACAAUUGGUGCUCACAUUGGAUUUAUCUUUAUCUUUUGUGAUAGGUACACUAAAUUGUACCAAGAUGAGCCCUUAGGAAGACUUUCAGUGAAGAAUGAGGGAGAAAAAUAACUCCACCCAGAGUAUGCCCAAGGCAGCAUUGUACUAGUUCUGAAUGAUAUAUGAAUUUGAGUAGGAGAAAUGCUGUCUUAAUGAUUAUGCUUUUCUUUUGGCCUCCCUUGACUUUUCUUUUAGAGCCUCUGAUUUUGUGAUUGUAUCUUGUUUCCCUAAAACACCCCUUCUCCUCCCACACUUUCUGUAACUAAAUAGGUGCUCAAUAAGGCAAACAGGAACAUCUCUGUAUGGGAGAAGUACAUGGUUCAUGGGAGAGACCAAGGGGUGUAGGGUUUGUUGGUACUGAUGUCCCACAAAGAAGUUGCCUUUAUAAACCAACCAUCUGUGCUUUGCCAAAGACUAAGGUUUAUUAUGAGAAGAGGGUUGUAAACCUAAUUGAUCUAGUCAGUUUUCUCAUUUUAAAAUAAUGCAGUAUUUCUCUGUAUCCAGAGGGCUCCCUAAGAGGCUUUCUCUAUGUUACUGAGGCCCAGUGGGCUACUUGCACAAGACCUCCUCUUAGGCCACAAGAGGCUGUGGGGAUAAUUUACCAUGAAUCCAGUCACAAUGACAACAAAAUUUAAAUUUUUUCUUUCUUUUCAGUCUCUCUUGUUUCUGUUCAGAAAAGUUUCUAAAUAUUGAAUGCCUUUUUCUACAGAACACUGUUCUUUCUUCUGCCCAGGCUACUUCCUUGAAUAAAGUACUUUUAAUUCAGCUUUA